GUCAACUUUCGCGAUCGCUCCUCCAAUCGCUUUCGACCAUUAUUGACAGGUCUUUCGUUAUCCGUCAUGAACUAAUUUUCUCUUGUGUUUGAAGUGUAACGUUAGCAAUGAUGGAGGACCCGUUGCUUUCUCCAGGGGCUGUCGGGACAGCACCUGUCAGCCCCUACGUGACAUUUGACUCCACGCAGGUGGUUGAAUAUCUUACACAGCAACUCAUCCUCACUCUCGGCGCCUCAAGGGACGAUUUAGAGUCGUCAGGAAGUCUUUUGUCGACUGAGAGGCACCCCGAUACCAUUCAGCGAUGUCAGCGUUUUGCUUCAGAAGCUCAAAGGGUCAUCUACAUACAGAAAGAUGUCUCCUCAAUCGAAAACGAAGGGACCUUGGCUGAGUCUACGGGUCCAGCCAAAUACGUGUACAUACUCUCUACGGAACCAUCCUUUCGCUCCACUACCUUCGCAACCCUCGCCUUGAUGAAGAGUGCGCAGCCGCUAGAUCCGACGAUAUCAGUUUCUUCUCAACUCCAGAUCAUGAACCUUCCCGGGCCGGCCUCAUUCAGCGAGACUUCUGCUGGACAGACUUCAUCCUCCUUGCCGUUCGAAAUAAUGCACUCGAUUGUGCAUUUGGGAUUAGUCCCGUACUUCGACGCAUCGACAAGAGGAAAAGAAACGACGGCUGUGGCAAGGCAAAGAACUGAUGCCGACGUGAAAACGGGCAUCCCCGGCACAAAGAAGAAGAUGACGGAGUUUGAGCUUGCUCUUUUGCAGCUGCAGCAGAACACCGAGAUCCCAGAAUUGUCCUUGUCUUUGCACCCUAUCAUUCAGGCCGCGCUGGAGGAAGCUCAGGCUCGCAACGUCAAAGUCUCUGUGGAUUUCGUUCCUUCGGCCUUACUGAGUGAUAGCACCUUUUUGAACAGCUUACAGUCUACGGUGAAUGGAUGGAUCAAAUCAAUACAGUCAAUCACGAGGCUCUCGCGGGAUGCAGAAAGUGGGACGGCAACCCAGGAAAGGGACUUUUGGCUCUCAAUGGAGACGGCACUAGAGGGCAUUGAGCAUCAACUUCGCAGCGAAGGCGUUCAAUUGACUCUAGAAAUCCUCCGUCUGGCCAAGCGAUUUCAGGCCACAGUUAGUUUCAGUGCGGACACCGGGCUGAAAGAAGCAACCGAAACUGUCCAGCGAUACAAUCAAUUAAUGCGAGAUUUUCCACUCGAAGAGCUUCCCUCAGCCACAUCCCUAGAGAAGGUUCAGGAUGCGCUCAAUCAGAUCUUUGGUCAUUUGAACAAGAAACUACGCGUCUCGCCGUACCCGGUCAAGCGAGCUUUACUUCUAGUUGAAGCCAUCUCUGGUGACCUUGAUACCAAAUUGCGCGAGCUCCUGCAAGGCCGGCCAUUGAUGCACAUGGAGUUUGACGAUUUCCGGGCUCUCAUGGAUGUCGCCGACGCUAUGUGGCGUGCUUGGGACGAGAACGUCAAAGAAUUUACCAAUGUUGCUCGUGAAGUUACUCGGAGGAGAAAUGAUAGGUUCAUUCCCAUUAAAAUCUCACCCCGCCAUCAGAAGCUGCAGGACAGACUGAGUUACGUUAUCACCUUUCGGUCCAAUCAUGAACAGCUUCAGCGAACGAUCAAAAAGGUUUUGGGAUCGGGCCAGUCUGAAAUCGAUGUCUUGAGCGGAAAGGCUGCAGAUGGACCCGUCAUUGUCGAGGAAAUUGGCCAUGUGGAUGCCAUCAAUGAAGUCAAGGAAGCUUACGCUGCGCUCUGGGAUGUUGAUGUGCUCGACACUACUGAAGAAGGGACCAAAAUUUGGGCCCAGGCCGAGAUCACUUAUAAUGAACGGACAUCGCGCGUGGAGAACUCCAUUAUUGCCCGUCUACGGGAUCGUCUGGCCACAACCAAGAACGCAAAUGAAAUGUUUCGAGUAUUUUCAAAGUUCAACGCGCUUUUUGUGAGACCCAAAAUUCGUGGAGCCAUUGCAGAAUAUCAAUCGGCACUCAUUGCCGAAGUCAAAAAGGACAUCAACUCCUUGCAUGAGCGCUUUAAACAGCAAUACGGCCAUUCUGAAGCCCAUAUCAUGGCCCAACUAAGGGAUUUGCCACCUGUUGCAGGCGCCAUUAUCUGGGCUCAGCAGAUUGAGAGACAACUGGACGCGUACAUGAAGAAGGUUGAAGAUGUGCUUGGUAAAGACUGGGCCUUGCAUGCAGAGGGACAGAAACUGCAAAACGACAGCGACAUGUUCCGGAAGAAAUUGGACACUCGACCUGUUUUUGAAGCCUGGCUUCACGAUGUUAACAGGCGAAACAUUUCCAUAACAGGCCGCCUCUUUACCGUUUCGAAAAAUCGAUCUGCGGGCAAUGCUCUUGAACUGGCGGUGAACUUCGAUCCUCAGGUCAUUACACUUUUUAAAGAGGUCCGAAAUCUUCUCUGGCGCAACUUCACCGUGCCACACGCUAUCAAUAAUAGCGCAAGAGAAGCAAAACGCGUCUAUCCUUUUGCACAGAGCUUGAUAGAGACUGUACGCACUUUCAACCAAACGAGCCGUGCCAUUGGAGAGAUGUCCGAUGUUUCCAUGCUUCUAUUUGGUUAUCAAAAUGAGGUUCAUAAUCUAAUCUCCAAGGGUCUGCCCUUAAAAUGGGAAUCAUUUGUUCAUUCUUACGAAAUGCACAUCCGCAAGCCUUCCUACCUCCAAGGCGGCGCGCAGAGCUCCGGCAGAAGAGAAAGUAGACAUGUCCAGUUCGUCCGAGAAUUUGCAACUGCGGUCUCUGUUCUCCAGAGCAAGACCAGCAUGCUGUCUUCAAUCAAUGAGUCUGUUCAGAAGGCGCUCGCUGAUUUGCGCGUUUGUCCAUACGAAGCCGAAUCUUUCAAAAAGCAUUUAUUCCUCAUCCAGUCUGCUGCUGAUCAACUCAAUCUUGAGAGUUAUGUCAAUUUGGGUCCUUGGGUCUCGGCUUUGAAUGACAAGAUCGAGGCUGUUUUAUUUGACAGGCUAGAAGAAGCGAUUAGUUUUUGGGUUGAUUCUUUUAACGGCGCAAAUAUGGACGAGCUCAAUGGAGACGGCUUUGGAAAGGCCACGAACUUUACCGACCCUGAUGCAGACGGACGACAACUUCCCAGGAUUAGUCACCUUUAUCAUGAGAUCUCCAUGCGUAACCAGGUUAUCUUUCUCGACCCCCCUCUUGAGUUCGCUCGGGCAAGCUGGCUAUCCCAAUUGCACGAAUGGCUUGCAGUCGUGUGCGACAUGCAUAAGAUUCAAUCCUCAAGAUAUGACAUGAGCGUGGAUUUGGAUAGCUCCGCCACUGCCGACACCCGCUUCACAGCUCUUCCAAGGUACUGCGCUUCGAGCUUAUCUCGCGUGUACAGCAUUGUGGAAGGCAAGUUUCAGCAGGUGGGUGAUUAUGUGGACAAGUGGUUUCAAUUCCAGUCACUGUGGGACCUACAGUCCGAACAAGUCUAUGAUAUCCUUGGUGAAGAUCUCUCGAAAUGGCUGCAGCUUCUCUUGGAGAUCAGAAAGACUAGGGCGACCUUUGACACCACUGAAGUCAGCCGAUCCUUUGGCACCAUCACGAUUGAUUAUGGGCAAGUGCAAACCAAGGUCAACGCCAAAUAUGAUCAAUGGCAACACGAGAUUCUGGUCAGAUUUGCUGGACGCUUGGGCAACCGCAUGCGAGAUAGCUACAACGAGAUCGAACAAGCCCGCCGGGAUCUUGAGGGUCAUUCGCUCGAAGCUUCGUCUACUGCACAAGCUGUCUCGUUUAUCACAAUGGUUCAGCAAUGCAAGCGGAAAGUUAGCAUAUGGGGGCCCGAAAUUGAACUUUUUCAUCAGGCUCAGACGACGCUGAUACGCCAGCGAUACCAAUUCCCCAGUAGUUGGCUAUCGGUAGACCAGAUUGAACAGGAAUGGGGUGCUUUGAAUGAGAUCCUCGAGCGGAAAAGCAAAGUUGUCGAAGAUCAAAUGGAUGCACUGCGAGCUAAGAUUACAGCGGAAGCUAAAGUUGUCAACGAAAAGAUAUCUGAGACCAUCUUGCAGUGGAAUGAGGAAAAGCCUGUUUCUGGAAGUAUUCCACCUGAGGUAGCGUCUAGCACGCUUAAUUCCUUCGAAAGCCGUUUAAGCCAGCUACGCUCCGAAUCGGACAUGGUUGCGAAAGCAAAGGAAGCCCUUGAUCUUCCAGAAGGUCCCGAAACUGCUGUUAAUCCGGCGCUUGAAGAGGUCCAGGAUUUCAAGUCCGUGUGGGCAGCUUUAUCGACAAUCUGGAAGAGCUUGAAUGAGCUUCGAGAGACACUUUGGAGCAGCAUUCAGCCGCGCAAACUUCGGCAGUCGCUUGAUGGCCUCACAAAAAUGACUAAAGAUAUGCCAAGUCGCAUGCGUCAGUAUGCUGCGUUCGAGCAUGUUCAGGGAAUUCUUCGCCAACAUGCCAAAUCGAACUCUCUGAUUGCCGACAUGAAGUCCGAGGCAGUUCGAGAGAGACACUGGGUGAAAAUAUUCAAAGCGCUCAAGCCUGGCAAGAGAUUCUCUCUGAUUUCUUUGACCUUGGGAGAUGUUUGGGAUUUGCAACUUGCCUCAACCGAGCCGAUAAUACGUGAUAUCAUCGUCCAAGCUCAGGGCGAGAUGGCGCUCGAAGAAUUCCUGAAGCAGGUAAAGGAAACUUGGCAAAAUUAUUCUCUCGAUCUGGUUCAUUACCAGAAUAAAUGUCGUCUUAUCCGAGGCUGGGAUGAUCUCUUCGCCAAGUGUAGCGAGAACCUGAACUCCCUGCAAGCUAUGCGACACUCUCCCUAUUACAAAGAAUUCGAAGACGAUGCGUCCGCAUGGGAAGAUCGGCUCAAUCGGGUGCACGUCCUCUUUGAUGUCUGGAUUGAUGUGCAACGACAAUGGGUCUACUUGGAAGGUGUCUUUACCGGAAAUGCUGACAUUAAACAUUUGCUGCCUACCGAAUCAUCUCGCUUUCAAAAUAUCAACACGGAGUUUUUCACCGUCAUGAAAAAGGUUUACAAGUCUCCCUUUGUUCUUGAUGUCUUGAAUAUUUCAGGAAUUCAGAAGUCACUGGAGCGCCUUGCAGACUUGCUUACCAAAAUCCAAAAAGCACUUGGUGAAUAUCUGGAGCGAGAAAGAAUGUCGUUCCCGCGAUUCUACUUCGUUGGAGAUGAAGAUUUGCUCGAGAUUAUUGGCAACAGUAAUGAUACACUGCGCAUCUCCAAGCAUUUCAGAAAGAUGUUCGCCGGUCUGGCCGGUCUUGUAAUGGACGAGGAAUCUAUCAUUUCUGGAUUCGUAUCAAAAGAAGGCGAGGAAGUCAAGCUGAAAAGCGAAAUUUCGCUGAUUAAGACGCCUAGAAUCAAUGAGUGGCUUGGCGCGCUGGAAACUAACAUGAAACUCACGCUGGCAGAGCUACUAGCGGAAGCGGUAGACCAAUUCGGCGCACUCUUUAGGGGAGACGAGAUUGAUGAUGAUGCUUUCCGCGAAUAUGUUUCAGUAUUUCCAGCCCAAAUUGGCGUGCUUGCAACUCAAGCUGUCUGGACGAAUUCUGUCCAAGAAGCAUUGGAGAACGGGGGAAGUCAGCUCUCUGGAUUGCAUGACCAGGUGGCUAAGCUCUUAAGAUUGCUGGCCAACACUGUCUUGGGCGAACUGGACACUAUUACACGGAAAAAAUGCGAACAUCUCAUCACCGAAUGUGUUCAUCAACGAGAUGUUAUUGCCAAGCUUCUCAAAUUAUCGGCUACCUCUCCUACACAUUAUAUGUGGUUGUUGCAAAUGCGAUAUGUCUAUAAACCUGAAGGUGACUUUACGCAACGACUCCAGAUCAAGAUGGCGAAUGCAAGUCUUAGCUAUGGGUUCGAGUACCUCGGCGUCACCGAACGUCUUGUCCGUACACCUUUGACAGACCGCUGCUUCCUCACUCUUACCCAAGGCCUUUGCCAACGACUCGGAGGCUCCCCUUACGGCCCAGCAGGUACAGGAAAGACAGAAUCGGUCAAGGCAUUGGGAACACAGCUCGGAAGAUUUACACUUGUGUUCUGCUGCGACGAUACAUUUGAUUUUCAAGCUAUGGGCAGAAUUUUUCUCGGUAUCUGUCAGGUUGGUGCUUGGGGAUGUUUUGAUGAAUUCAACCGGCUUGAGGAGCGAAUCUUGUCAGCAGUUUCGCAACAGAUCCAAAAUAUUCAGCUCGGCCUGAAAAUAAUUGCGGACGAUGAGACGGCUCAAAUUGAGUUAAUUGGAAGACAGCUCGCGGUGAACUCAAACACUGGAAUCUUUAUUACCAUGAAUCCCGGCUAUGCUGGUAGAUCCAACUUGCCUGAUAAUCUCAAGAAGCUUUUCCGCAGUGUUGCCAUGUCGCGACCUGAUAAAGAACUGAUCGCCGAAGUCAUGCUCUAUUCCCAGGGAUUCAAUCAAGCAAAGUCCUUAGCGAAGCAGACCGUACCAUUCUUUGAUCAUUGUUCCAAGCGGCUGUCCAAGCAGGCGCAUUAUGACUUUGGUCUUCGAGCGCUCAAAAGCGUGCUCAUGAGCUCCGGAUCCUUAAAACGGGAAAGAAUAUCCAAAGGAGGAGAAUCAGCUGAGCUAGAGGAAGUAGUUGAGCCUCAGAUCAUGGUCCAAAGCUUACGGGAGACUAUUGCACCCAAAUUAAUUCGAGAAGACGUGGAGAUUAUGCAAGAAAUUGAGAAGGACACGUUCCCUGGCGUGUCCUAUGUCCCUGCGGCACUCGAGGAUUUGCGUACAGCAAUUCUGGAGCUCGCAGAGGCCAAUCAUCUUGUAGCCAACGACUUGUGGAUGACCAAAAUCUUGCAGCUUUUUCAAAUUCAAAACAUCCACCAUGGCGUCAUGAUGGUCGGUGCCUCUGGUUCUGGAAAGUCUGCCGCAUGGAAGGUUUUGCUACAGGCUUUGCAGAAAAUUGAGGGUGUGGAGGGUGCGUGCCACAUCAUCGAUUCCAAAGUCAUGUCCAAGGAAGCAUUAUACGGGAGCCUCGACGGAACGACUCGAGAGUGGACCGAUGGACUGUUCACGAGCAUUCUCAGGAGGAUAGUUGACAAUCUCCGAGGCGAAGAUACGAAGAGGCACUGGAUUGUCUUUGAUGGUGACGUCGACCCGGAGUGGGUUGAGAACUUGAACAGUGUGCUCGACGACAACAAGCUUCUCACGUUGCCAAAUGGAGAGCGGCUGGCGCUGCCUCCCAAUGUACGGAUCAUGUUUGAAGUGGAAUCACUGAAAUAUGCAACCUUGGCCACGGUUAGUCGAUGUGGAAUGGUCUGGUUCAGUGAUGAUACUGUCACGUCCGACAUGAUGAUUGCCAAUUACCUAGACACCCUCAGAGCUGUUCCUUUCGAAGACCUCGAUGACGAAACCGUGACAACUGGUCAGGCUAUUGACAAGGCCUUGGCGGUGCAAAAACAGUGUGCAGAUCUACUUCAGCACUAUCUCACUGCAGACGGGUUUAUUCAGCAGUGUCUUCAAAAGGCUCGUUCGUACAACCAUAUCAUGGAAUUUACGGAGAUACGAGUACUUGGCACUCUUUUCUCCCUCCUGAACAAAAGCUGCCGAGCAAUGAUCGAAUACAAUAUCCAGCACGAAUUUCCUCUGGACCCCGAACAAAUCGAGUCAUAUCUUUCGAAGAAACUUUUGCUUUCGUUGGUGUGGUCUUUCACGGGUGACUGCCCACUUGCGGAUAGGCAGGCGUUUGGAGAAUUCGUGGGACAUUCAAGCCCCUCAGGAUCGCCUCUCCUUGACGAUCGAUCCUCUCUCAUCGACUUCGACGUGACACUGCCAAAGGCAAGUUGGACCGCAUGGCAAGAUCAGGUGCCGCAUGUAGAGGUCAAUACCCACUCCAUCACUCAGACCGAUGUGGUCAUCCCAACUUUAGACACAAUUCGGCACGAAGAGGUACUCUAUUCAUGGCUAGCAGAACACAAGCCAUUGCUACUGUGUGGUCCUCCCGGGUCCGGAAAGACAAUGACGCUCUUCAGCGCCCUCAGGAAGUUGCCUAACAUGGAAGUUGUGGGACUCAACUUCUCAAGCGCAACGACCCCGGAGCUCAUCAUUAAGACCUUUGAACAAUACUGCGAAUAUCGCAAGUCUCUCAAUGGUGUUAUACUGUCUCCCACUCAAAUCGGGCGAUGGCUCGUUAUUUUCUGCGACGAAAUCAACCUGCCAGCUCCGGAUAAAUAUGGAACCCAGCGCGUCAUCUCUUUCCUGCGACAGCUUGUCGAACAAAAUGGGUAUUGGAGAACUUCAGACAAGACGUGGGUCACGCUGGAUCGCAUCCAAUUCGUCGGUGCAUGCAAUCCCCCUACUGAUGCUGGCCGUACUCCUCUUGGUGCUCGAUAUCUGAGGCACGCUCCUCUAAUCAUGGUUGAUUAUCCCGGAGAGCAAUCACUGCUCCAAAUUUACGGGACUUUCAACAGUGCCGUUCUCAAAGUCAUCCCAACACUUCGUGGGUAUGCAGACGCCCUCACGAGAUCCAUGGUUGAGUUUUAUCUAGAAUCACAGAAGCGAUUCACUCCCAAAAUCCAGCCACACUAUGUAUACUCGCCUCGUGAACUUACAAGAUGGGUCCGAGGCGUCUAUGAGGCAAUUCGCCCAUUGGAGACACUUACCGUGGAGGGACUGGUCAGGAUUUGGGCACAUGAGGCAUUGCGCCUCUUUCAAGACAGGCUUGUUGCGGAAGAUGAACGCCAGUGGACAGAAGAUAGCGUACGAGAGAUAUGCCUGAAACACUUCCCCACAAUAGAUGAGGAUAAGGCGCUGGGUGGCCCAAUACUAUUUUCGAACUGGUUGUCCAAGAAUUACGUACCGGUAGAUCGAGAGGAACUUCGAAGCUUUGUCAAGGCUCGACUCAAAACGUUCUGCGAGGAAGAGGUUGAUGUUCCGCUUAUCCUAUUCAACGAAGUUCUCGAUCAUGUGCUGCGGAUUGAUCGGGUUUUCCGUCAACCUCAGGGUCAUCUCAUCCUCAUUGGAGUUAGCGGGAGCGGAAAAACGACACUUUCACGCUUUGUUGCUUGGAUGAAUGGCCUAAAAGUUUUCCAAAUCAAAGUUCAUGGCAAGUAUUCAGCUGAAGAUUUUGAUGACGAUUUGCGAGACGUCCUUCGGCGCUGCGGCUGCAAAGGAGAAAAGAUAUGUUUCAUCAUGGAUGAAUCAAAUGUCCUAGACUCGGGCUUCCUCGAGCGGAUGAAUACGCUUCUUGCUAAUGCCGAAAUUCCCGGACUGUUCGAGGGUGACGAGUUUGCCACGUUAAUGACAGCCUGUAAGGAGGGAGCCCAACGCCAGGGACUGCUUUUAGAUUCACAAGAGGAGCUGUACAAAUGGUUCACCCAGCAGAUUGUCAAGAAUCUUCACGUCGUUUUUACGAUGAACCCGCCUGAGGAAGGUCUAUCAUCUAAGGCAGCUACCAGUCCUGCUCUCUUCAACAGAUGUGUCCUCAACUGGUUUGGUGAUUGGUCUGAUCAAGCACUUUUCCAGGUGGGCUCAGAAUUAACACAGUCCAUUGACCUGGAUAAGCCAAAUUUUACCGCUCCGGACAGCAUCCCUGUAGCCUACCGUGGCUUGCAGUUGCCUGCUUCUCACCGCGAGACUAUUGUAAAUUCAAUGGUCUAUAUCCAUUACUCGCUACAGAAAUUCAACGCCCGUCUUCUGAAGCAACACCAUAAGAAGACUUUUCUCACACCAAGACAUUUCCUUGAUUUCGUUGCGCAAUAUGUCAAUCUCUACAAUGAAAAGCGGGAGGACCUUGAGGAACAACAACGCCAUCUCAAUGUCGGUCUUGAUAAGCUUAGGGAUACUGUAGAGAAGGUCAGAGACUUGCGGACGAGCUUAGCUGAGAAGAAGAGCCAGCUUGAGAGAAAGGAUGCUGAGGCCAACGAGAAGCUGCAACGGAUGGUUGCUGAUCAGCGGGAGGCCGAACAGCGCAAGGCGACUUCUCUUGAGAUACAGAGCGCUUUGGAAAAGCAGGAGAAAGAAGUCGCCUCGCGGCGGGAAGUUGUGCUCAGAGAUCUCGCAAAUGCGGAACCCGCGGUCUUGGAGGCGCAAAAAAGUGUGAGCAAUAUCAAGAAGCAGCACUUGACCGAAGUGAGGUCCAUGGCUAAUCCGCCCGCCGGUGUUAAACUUGCUUUGGAAUCCGUUUGCACCCUUCUUGGUCACAAGGUUGACAGCUGGAAGACUAUUCAAGGAAUUAUCAGGAGAGACGAUUUCAUUGCCACCAUUGUCAAUUAUGAUAAUGAGAGGCAAAUGACUCGAAGCCAUAGAAUCAAGAUGCGCAACGAGUUCUUGUCAAAAGAAGACUUUACUUACGAAAAGGUGAACAGAGCUAGCAAAGCUUGUGGUCCGUUGGUGCAGUGGGUGGAAGCCCAAGUGAACUAUUCCGAAAUAUUGGAUCGCGUGGGUCCUCUCAGGGAAGAAGUCGGGCUUUUGGAAGAACAGGCAUUGCAGACAAAGGCUGAAGCGCAAGCUAUUGAGAACACAAUCAGCAGUCUGGAGACGAGCAUUGCCAUGUACAAGAACGAGUAUGCAGCUUUGAUUAGUGAGACACAGGCCAUUAAAUCUGAAAUGUCUCGGGUGCAAUUCAAGGUUGACCGGAGCGUUCGCCUGCUUGACAGCCUUUCAUCAGAACGAGCUCGAUGGGAGGAGGGCAGCAAGUCGUUCGAGACGCAGAUUGGAACGCUCAUUGGCGAUGUACUGAUGGCAGCUGCCUUUUUGGCAUACAGCGGUCUGUACGACCAGCAGUUCCGAAAGGCAAUGAUGGAGGAUUGGCUGCACCAGCUCUAUCUCUCAGGUAUUGAGCACAAGCCGCACAACCCAGUCACGGAAUAUCUUUCUACCGCAGACGAGAGACUUCAUUGGCAAGACAACUCACUCCCGGUUGACGACCUUUGCACCGAGAACGCCAUUAUGCUUGAACGAUUCAACCGCUAUCCGUUGAUUAUUGAUCCCUCUGGAAGAGCUACUGAUUUCUUGCAAAAGAAUACUGGUGGCAAAGCUCGCCUUACUGUCACCAGCUUCCUUGAUGAUUCUUUCACGAAACAGCUAGAAAGUUCUCUUCGAUUUGGCAAUCCAAUCCUGAUACAAGAUGCAGAAUACCUAGAUCCUGUUUUGAAUCAUGUAUUGAACAAGGAGUACCAAAAGACUGGAGGAAGAGUUCUUAUCCAACUCGGGAAGCAGGAGAUUGACUUUUCACCGUCCUUCAAGCUCUAUCUUUCUACACGUGACCCCUCUGCAACAUUUGCACCGGACAUUUGCAGUCGGACGACCUUUGUCAAUUUCACAGUCACGCAAAGCAGUCUACAAACUCAGUCCCUCAACGAUGUUCUCAAAUCCGAGCGUCCUGAUGUCGACGAACGACGAUCGAACCUCAUCAAACUGCAGGGAGAGUUCAAGGUCCACCUUCGCCAGCUCGAAAAGAAGUUGCUCCAGGCGCUUAAUGAAUCUCGCGGAAACAUUCUUGAUGAUGACAAUGUCAUUGAGACACUCGAAACCCUGAAGAAGGAGGCCGCGGAAAUUUCCAACAAGAUGGCCGAUACAGAAGGGGUCAUGACUGAGGUGGAAAACAUUACUUUGCAGUAUAAUAUCGUUGCCCGAUCUUGCAGCGCCAUCUUUGCUAUCUUGGAACAGCUGCAUCACCUCAAUCACUUCUAUCAAUUUUCGUUGCAGUAUUUCAUCGACAUCUUCAAUACUGUCCUUCGUCACAAUGAACGUUUGGCGGGCGAAAGCAAUCAUAAUUCUCGCAUUGAUAUCAUUCUGCGAGACUUGUUUGUGACCACAUUCCAGCGAACGUCGUUGUCAUUGCUGCAGAAAGAUCGAAUUACGUUUGCGAUGCUUUUGGCUCAAGCGUCUCCGUUCAAGAUGGAGAAGGGAUUAAUCGAUACCAUCCUCGAUCCCGGCCUGGAGGGCAUUGAUGUCUCAACCGAGAGUCAUCGAAAGGAAGAGGCUAUGUCAACUGCUUUGCGCAAUAGGCUGCUCAAGGACCACCUUUCAAUUGUAACUGCUGAGAGUUGGGAGAAAUUCUUUACAGAAGAGCUAGCGGAAAAGUUUGUGCCACCUGCCUGGUCUAGCGACACGUCAUUGCUAGAUCAGUGUCUCCGAUCUCUGUUUUUGAUCAAAGUCUUCCGGCUUGACCGGUUUGUGCCUGCAGCGGAGCGGUUCGUCAUUGCAGUAUUUGGUGAUAAUCUGCUUAAUGGAGGAGCUGGAGACCUUGAGGAAGUGCUUGGACAGGUCUCCGCUACCACACCGAUUGCGUUAAGCUCCAGUCCCGGAUUUGAUGCAAGCUACCGAGUAGACGGCCUUGUGGAACGGAGCGACGCGACUUGCACCAAUAUUGCCAUGGGAUCCAGUGAAGGACUUACGAGUGCAGACAAGGCCAUCAGCAAUGCUGCUGUGACUGGAUCCUGGGUCUUGAUAAAGAACGUGCACCUUGCGCCGACGUGGCUGCAGAGCCUUGAGAAGCGAUUAGAUGCACUCAAGCCCCAUCAAGACUUUAGGCUCUUCUUGUCCAUGGAAAUCAGUCCAAAGAUUCCUGUCAAUCUCUUGCGUGCCUCGAGGAUCCUCAUGUACGAGCAGCCAGCCGGUAUCAAGGCCAACAUGAAGGAUUCUUUGUCGUCGGUAUCUCUUCGCGCAGCCAAGCGGCCAGUCGAGCGAGCUCGUAUCUAUCUUCUCUUGUCAUUUUUGCACGCCGUUGUGCAAGAGCGACUGCGCUACGCCCCUACGCUCGGAUGGAAGAGCUUCUGGGAGUUCAAUGACAGCGAUUACGAAUGCUCGGCUUUUAUCAUUGACCGAUGGGUGGAGUCCGUCGCACUUGAGCGAUCAAACGUGGCCCCUCAGAAAUUCCCUUGGGAGAUGAUUCAAACGCUUGUUGGCGAAACAUAUGGUGGCAAGAUUGACGACGAGGAAGACUUUGGGCGUCUCACCGAGCUAGUGAAGGCCAUCUUGACGCCGGCUGCAUUCGAACACGAGCACAAGCUUGUUCCUGACUCACCCGACUCGACGGGCGAAGAGUCUGAAGAAGGGGAUGGACUGAGCGUUCCUGAAGGCACCGAUAUGAAGGACUUUUUGGGAUGGGUGCAGCGUCUGCCCGAGCGUGAGCCACCGACAUAUUUGGGUCUGCCAGCCAAUGCAGAGAAGCUGUUGCUCGUUGGCCACGGCAAGAAUAUGAUUGGCAAUCUCAAGGAAAUCACCGAUAUGCUCGACGAGGGAGAGCAGUUGAUGGUGGAGUCAUAAGAGGAAAUAUUCAAAUAAGUGUGUUUACAACAUUAGAACAUUACCGUCUUUGCUUUUUUUUAUGCAUUGCCUUGAUUCUUUAGUUUUAUAUGUUUAUUUUGCGAAGUAUUAGCAUACAUGGCGAGGAUGAUUGCUCAUUGCAUUGCGGAUUGAUUGUUCGUUUGGUUGAUAUGACACUUGAUUGAGCAUGGCCGCAGAUAUUUUUCAGCAUGAUAGGCAUUGUUGGUGACAGUCGAUAGAUAUUUGAAGAGCUUAGAGCAGCAUUGCCAUGUAGAUUUGUUUCGAUGGGCGACUUUUAGUAUUAAACUCUUAUGAGCAUUUUCAGCCACGGAAUAAUAGCGUAC